AUGAUGAAAGGUUCCAGGAGAACGGGCAACAACGCGUCUACUACGCUAAACACACCUGUGGUUAUUCAUGCGACGCAGUUGCCCCAACAUGUCUCUACUGAUGAGGUCCUACAAUUUCUUGAGGGCUUCAUCAACGAGAAGGAAAACGUUAUCGAUAGCACUACGGUGAAUACCAUCAGCGGCAGCGCCGCUGAUGGCGACGUGACAGCUGUAGUAAACCCUAGCCUUAACAUGGAUACUAACCUUUUCAGCUCCAUAUCACAACUAAAGAGAAUCCAGAGAGAUUUCAAGGGUCUACCACCAGCACAAGACUUCUCUUCUGCGCCCAUCCAGGUCUCCACAGCGGACAAAAACGAGACCAACGUCGGUGUCAGUGCCACCGGUGGCAAGAAAACCACUUUCGCUGAUGAAUGA